AUGGCCAGAUGGUUAGGACUUUACAAAUUUCCUCAGGUCAGCUAUUCAUCCAGUGUAGUCAGUCUCAGUGACAAAACUCAGUUUCCUUCCUUCUUACGGACAAUACCCAAUGAUCAAUCCUGGUCUCAUAGUGUGGCCUUAGUAUUGCAAUAUUUUGGCUGGACCUGGGUGGGAAUUAUGGCUCAAGAUGAUGAUUUUGGCAAUCAGGCCAGCUACUUCCUGAGUGAUGAGUUGAAGAAGGCUGGCAUCUGCAGAGAGUUUCUCAUGAAUAUUCCCACCUCAAAUUUUCAUGAAAAGUUCCAAUAUGUUGCACGAACAAUGGGAACUAUCUCAGCCAAAGCCAUUGUGGUGAUUCUGAACACUUUCAGUUUUUCCCUCAUGUUAAAGCAACUCUCAGGAAGGGAUGUCACAGGAAAGAUAUGGAUAAGAAGAAACAUAGAUGAGAGUGAUAUUGCUCUUUCCUAUCCAAACAUUUCCCAAACUCUUGCCAUUUCUAGACAAAGAGGAAGGAUUAAAGGAUUUUCUGAAUUCGCUGGCCACCUGCAAGUAGAUGAGAUUCCAGAGAAUGAUUACAUAAAAAGAUUUUGGGGAAAAAUAUUUAACUGUAAGUGGCCUAUCCAGGAACUUCCUUGCUUGAGUAACAGGACAGAACCAGAAGGAUCCAAAUUCUGCACGGGUAAAGAGCAUCUACAAGGCCAGACCAUCUCUUCAUUGACUUUGAAUACCCUGAGUGAGAGCUAUGGUGCCUAUGUUGCUACAUACAGCAUUGCUCAUGCCCUCCAGGAUCUGAGCUCCUGUAAUAUCAGAGAAGGACCUUUUGGGAAUGGGACAUGUGCUAACAUCUGGGAUUUCCAGCCUUGGCAGCUAUUGUAUUAUAUCAAGAAGGUUCAUUUCUGGGUCUAUCAUGAAAAAGAGGUUGCUUUUGAUGCCAAUGGAGAUUCCCCUGCUGUGUAUGACAUUCUAAAUGGUCAAGAGACUCUCCAAAAAUCAGUUUUCCUUGUGAAUAUUGGUGUUGUUGAUACCAUGGGCCUAUCAGGAAAAGAACUGACUAUCAAUGAAAGCGCUAUCAUUUGGAGAGGAGACCAGUCCCAGGCUCCUCAUUCUGUCUGCAGUGAGAGCUGCCUUCCUGGAUCCAGUCAAAUUCCACGACAAGGGUGGCCCCAUUGCUGCUUUGAUUGUAGACCCUGUGAAAAGGGAUACAUUUCAAAGAAUAGAGAUAUGGAGCGAUGUGAAAAGUGUCCUGAAGAUCAGUCUUCAAAUAGUCACAGGAAUCACUGUGUCCCCAAGCCUGAGGUCUUCCUGGGCUAUGAAGAACCCAUAGGCAUGGCUACGACAUGUGUUGCCCUUUCCUUCUCACUUCUUACCAUUUUUAUUCUUGGAGUCUUUGUGAGGCACCGAGGCUCUCCUCUAGUCAGAGCCAACAAUGCAGUUCUAAGUUAUAUUCUUCUUAUCUCCCUUGCUCUUUGCUUUCUCUCUUCCUUGCUCUUCUUAGGUCAUCCAACCAAAGUUACCUGCCUCCUUCGACAAACCACUUUUGGGAUUGUAUUUACAAUGGCAAUUUCCUCAAUUUUUUCCAAAACCAUCACUGUGAUUUUUGCCUUCCAGGCUACCAGACCAGGGAGCAUAAUUAGGAAGUGGAUGAGACCCCGAAUAUACAAUUCUGUGGUCAUUAUAUUCUCCUCCAUUCAAGUCACUAUUUGUGCUAUCUGGCUAGGAACAUCUCCUCCUUUCCCAGCUGCAGACAUACAGUCUCAGCCUGGGAAUAUCAUCAUUGAGUGCAACGAGGGCUCUGUUAUUGCCUUCUACUGUGUCCUGAGCUACAUGGGCUUCCUGGCCCUUGGGAGCUUCCUUGUGGCCUUUCUGGCCAAAAACCUUCCUGACACCUACAAUGAAGCCAAAUUCAUCACCUUCAGCAUGCUGGUGUUCUGCAGUGUCUGGAUCUCCUUUCUCCCCACUUACCAAAGCACAAAAGGGAAGGCCAUGGUGGCCGUGGAAAUCUUCUCCAUUUUGGCCUCCAGUGCUGGACUACUGGGUUGCAUCUUUGUACCCAAGUGUUACAUGAUUCUCUUUAGACUUAAUGGGCACACACACAAAUUGUUAAAGAGAUAA